AUGGAAACUAACACGCCUGUGCCUCUUAAUUCUCAAGAAGAAUCAAAACCCACGAAGACACAAAUGAAUGCUCUCAGUGUUGAUCAAGCUAUUUUGGAUAUAUUUACUGUGCUGGCUAUCGCUUCGAAACAGAAACGGAUAAGCUCGGUGGAAGAUCUGAUCAACAGGUUAAAGGAAAAACAAAAUGAUCAAAUAGAAGCUUGUGGGGAACUUGAUUAUUGUGUGAAACGACUCAUCAAAGGUUUAUCUUCCACAAGAAAAUGGGUGCGUAUUGGCUUUCCACUGGCUCUUUGUCAGGUGUUACGGCAGUUUCCACAAAUCAAAUUAGUCAAAGUUUUGGAAAUGAUUGAAGAACAUUUGGAUCCAUCAAAAGCUGGCAGUAUUCCUGAAAAAUCUAAUUUUGAAGUUGGUAAAGGUUAUGCAUUAAGUUGUAUCAUUCAGUCAGGCUCUAUUUUUCAGGAUAAAAAGGAAACUGGCAAAUUGCUUUCUAAAUUGCUUCAAUUCAAAUCAGAAAAAUCUUAUGUCAACUGCAUUUGGAAUCAGAAUAUACCGUUAUUGGUCACAAAGUUGGUUUUCCAGAGGCCGAAAACUGAUGAGUGUCUUGAUUAUGUUUGGCCAACAUUGGAGAAAUAUCUUGCAGAAGGUUGGAAUAAUCUGAGUCCAGAGAGGCUUGAAGUUUUGUUUGUUUGCAAACUACAAUGCCCUGAAAAAAUUGACAAAUCAUUCCUGAAUAAAAACUGGAAUUCUGAACACGUUGUUAACUCAAAAACACAUGAAAAGCUAUUGGCUGUUGUGAAGGAAUCAACCCGAGGUCAUCCAGUAAUACAUGAUUCCAAUAGAUUUCUAGUCAGAGAAGUUAUCAACAGUGAUAAAGUUUAUGGAUUUUGGAAGGAAAUUGUUGAGAAGUUAUUCCAUGAGGAUUCUCACAAGAAACGACUUGGUAUGUUUUUUCUGUCUGAGUUGUUGAAAUCUGUCAAAGGACCCAAGCAGAUGAAAAUGUUUAUGUCAUCCCAGGUGUGUGAAAUGCUUUAUGUGGAUCUUAAAUUAUCAGAGAAGAACAUGUCCUCUGCUCAAAUGGUGAUUGAUAGCCUUGAGACUUUACUGGAAAGUGUCAAAGAUGAUGAUCUCCAUCUAUCUUUGCUUCAGUCUCUGCUGACUCCUGUGUCUAUUAUCAAAACAUUCAAUGCUGAACUUGGCCUCUUUCUUUCUGCCAUAUUGCCACAUCUAACUGCUGGAUCUGUAGAAUUAUUUGGCAAAGAAAUUAUGUCAACUGUAAAGGGUAAAACUUUAUUUGGGAUCAAGGUAGAUGGUGAGAACCUAUUUUUGCGAAAAUGGGCAGUUGGUCAACUUUUUCAUUUGUUGCAUCAUCCUGGAAAUGUUACAGAAAUGGUCAAGUGGCAGGGUGCCGUUUUGCAGUUUGUGUUCCGACAUGCCUACUUUACAUUGUUGAAACCAUCGGAUAUAUUACCUCAUUGUGAAGAAAUUGGUGCUGCUUUUCCUGUUCAAUUGGUGCAAUUCUGCCAGAAUAUGUUUACCAAAUGUUUCUUCAAGGUUAUUACUCAAAAGACAUCUAAAACCAAGAAAGAUGCCAAUAUGUUAACUGCUCAUCAACUCUUUUCUUAUGUUGAGUCACUGAUAAAAAACAAGGAAACUGUGAAACCAUUAAAAGAUUUGGAUGAAGAGACAAUUGCUGCUUUGCUGAAGACAAAGAAGAUGAUGCAAAAGUUGGAAUCAAAAAAAAAUGUCCAGGAAUCAAGCAAAGAUAUAAGUGCUUUUGAACUUUUACUGAUUUACCUGGCUUUGCAGAUAUUCUGUGACCCUCAGAACUGUUUGGAUGUCAUUGAGGAUACAUUGUCUUGUUGUGAUCGGGCUCUAAAGAAAACAAAAAAAUCCCGGAAAAAUGAACCUGACUGGAUCCAAGUUCUUAUGGAAGUUCUCAUUGGCAUGAUGGCCAACCCAACUAAAUUGUCUCGGAUAAUUGCCCUGAACAUCUUCUCUGCUGUCGUGGAACGCAUCACACUUGAAAAUGUCACACAGAUUACAGAGAUUUUGACAAAGAAUGCAUCAAACCUUAAUGAUGAUGAAGACUUGUAUUUUGAGGGAGAGAGAGAAGAGGAGGAGGAGGAGGAGGAAGUAGAGAGUGGUGACGAUGAGGGAGAAGAGGAGGAAAUGGAGAAUGAAGAGGAAGACAGUACUGAGGAGGAGGAAGAAGAAGAAGAAGAAAGCAUGGAAGUUGAUGAAGAAUUUCGACAAAAAGUGAAAGCUGCCCUCGGAGAUGCUGUGGUUGGAUCAGAUGAAGAAGAUGAUGAUUUACCAGAUUUGAGUGAUGAUGAAAUGAUUCGAAGAGAUGAAGCAUUGGUGUCAGCUUUUCGCAGUAUGAACAAGAAUAAGAUUAACAAAACAGAGCGCGAUAAGAGGCAGCAGUUGUUGACAUUGAAGAUCAGAUUGCUGGACUUGAUAACAGAAAUCAUCAAAUAUCCUCAACCAGCUCAAAUUAUUUUGGCACUUCAUAUUCCGUUGUUGGAGGUACGAGAAUCAAGUCUUCGUAACAAGGAUGAAAAGACCCUCGGCAACAAAGUUACCAGCCUCUACCAGGAAAUAUGCAAAUGUAAAGUGAAACCUGAAACAGUUACUGCUUUGUCUGUGGAGGAAAUACAAAACAAAAUUCAAUCAUUAGUGACUUUUUCUCGUAAUGCUUCUUCGGUUGACCUAAUCAUUGAUGUGUCUGAGGGAAUUUUGAGUUUGAUAAAAAUUUUGAACAGUCGAGAAAUAUGUCCAUCUUCCAAAGAGGGUGGAAUUUCAAAGACUUACCCAGUGCAGUUUCAAAAAUAUGUUCUUGAUCCUUUGCUGCCAAGCCUGAAUAAUUUCUUAGAAAAUCAAGGGUAUCAUCAUCAUUUGGAAUUUUUCAAGAAUCUUUUUGAAAAACAAAUUCUUGUAUUUUGGAGUCAAAAUCAGUUUUUGCUUGAAAUCAUUUCUGAUGAAAAUCAGAAAAUAAUGAAAAGGACAAAAGCUUGUGGACUUUUGCUCAGUAUGAUAGACAGAAAAAAUCGUCAAAUUGUGAAAAAAUCAGAUUGGCAAACAUUUGCUUCCUAUUUUGUUCCUGCAAUUGUUAAGUUGCUAGAUUCUGGAGAAGGAAAAGUGAAGUUUUUGGAGCAAGUGUUACGGUUGUUCAAUAGUUUCAUGACUGUUGAUAAAGGAGACAAUUUGGCACUUCUACCUGCCAGUUUGUUUCCUCAGCUGCAAAAGAUCAAAAAGUCUUCUUCCAAAGACAACAAGAAAUUAGCCAAAUCGAUUGCUCAACAAUUUACGCUUUCUUUUUUCUAUUUUUCCUUUCUCUUCUUAUUCUUCUUUCUCUUCUCUCUUUUUCUCCUCUCUUUUUCUUCUUUUUCCUUUUUCUUCUUUUUCCUUUUUCUUCUUUUUCCUUUUUCUUCUUUUUCCUUUUUCUUCUUUUUCCUUUUUCUUCUUUUUCCUCUUUCCUCUUUUUCAUCUUUCUUCUUUUUCCUCUUUCUCUUUCUCUUCUUAUUCAAGUUCGAAUAA